CUUCCCUAAGAAGUGAAACUAAGGAAACUUCCGGGUUGGGUCUGACUGUGUUUCGGGUAAAAAUCCCACGUUUUGUCGCUUUUCUGGACGCCAGAGCAGCACUGCACGGACGGACAUGUGUUCGAACUACCACACUGGCUGUUGCAAGAAAUGUAAACCAUGAUGGGAGACAACGGCCCAUCCAACCAAAACUCUACUUUCAUCUACGACACUGCUGUGUAUUACGAUGAAUCUGACCAAAGAAGGGAGGACAUACAAAAGUAUAGAGACAAACUCGAACAUAACAAAUGGGGGUUUUCAGUAUGCGACCCAUACCGAGACGGGCACGGAGAACGGAUGAAACGGUUCAAGCAGUCGUUUAUAGACAGCCGCCACGCCAUAGUGUUUCUCUCACCAGACGUACUGGAACGAAUGAACAAAAACCUUGAAGACGCCGUAGAAUUUAAGAUGGGUACGUUUUUGUCUGGGAUUCUGGAAAGCCACGACCUGAAGCUGAAGAGAAGACUCAUUCCCAUUGUGUUUGAAAGUGACGACAGGAAUUUCCAGAAACCUUUUCUUCUGAGCGACUUCAGUAUUCUGUGUCCAGGGAAGAAAGGGUUUUACAGACACCUGUACAGAUCACUGAGCAAGCUGUCGGGCCCUGACACCAUCACGCAGAGGCAGAUCCGACAGAAGGUUGAUGCGAUGGGCAGAGACAGAUACACAGACAGAGUUGUUACUGGGGUGGCACAUGGACUUGAGAUACCAGAAGAAGUCCUGGAAGACAUCCUACAGGAAUAUGGAGGACACAAGGCCAUGCUGAUAGAGACUGUGGAGUGUUGGAGGUUACGCCAUGGGCCUGAUGCGACUGCCACUAUUUUGGACCGUGUCCUGGAAAGAUGUACCACUACACCUCAACAAGUAGCUGACCUACCACCACAGAGCCUUGUGAGGACACAUAUCACUGAGGAACCCUCUUCUAUGAUUCCCAUUCAGCGACAGACAACCACCAGUGAAGUUCAAGGAGCUGCACAUGAACUUGAUGCAGCUCUGAACAUUGAUGUGGAAAACCUGACAGUUCACUCAGGAGAAGCCCAACUGCAUGGACUGGAAGUUUCCUCAGAAUCAGAACCUGCUAACGAUGCAGCUGAAGCACCUGGCACUGAUGGAGAAGAGCAGACAGAAGGAGCACAACCUCCCCCAGAACCUGAACCUGCUGAUGAUACAGCUGAAGCUCCUGGCACUGAUGGAGAACAGCAGACAGGUGCUACAGAAGGAAGCCAACCUCCCCCAGAACCUGAACUCGCUAAUGAUACAGCUGAAGCUCCUGGCACUGAUGGAGAACAGCAGACAGGUGCUACAGAAGGGGCCCAACAUUCCCCAGAACCUGGUUAG